GAUAAACAUCAGGAUUGGAAAAUGAAAAUGAGAUUUGCUCCUAACUACAAGAAUAAUAAUUACAAUAAUAAUAGAAUGCUUCCUAAUAAAAGAAAAUUUGAAAAUUCAUAUGAGAAAGAUAUAAACAUGAAAAAACCAAGAUUAAAUUGUAUUUUCUGCUCAGGAGCACAUUACAAUGAUCAAUGUAAGACUGUAAGAACUAUUAAGGACAGACAAAUUAAAUUAAAGGGCCGAUGCUUUUAUUGCUUUGUUCAAGGUCAUUGGAGUAAGACAUGUAAAAUAAAUAAAAAAUGUAUACAUUGUGGAGGAAGGCAUAACAGAGCUUUAUGUCCAAAAGUUUGUGAUUCUGUGAAAGUGAAAACAUUGCAUACAAAUACUUCAGUCAAAUCUGGAAAUUCUACAACGGUGUUACAGACAGCAGUAGUUACUGUAUUAAAUGAAAAUAAAUGCGACAAAGUGAAUUGUCGGAUCCUUAUGGACUCUGGCAGUCAGCGUUCAUAUGUAACAAAGAGGAUUGCUACUGAAUUGAAUUUAGCUGUAAUAGAAGAACACCAUCUUUCCGUCUUCACCUUCGGAACUGAUCAACCAUUGGAAUAUGAUAGUCCAUUAGUGAAAUUAAAUAUACUUACCAGAACUAACGAAGAAGUCGUACUGUAUGCCAAUGUUGUACCAACCAUUGCACAGCAUGUUAGUUAUCCUGGAGAAGAACUUUAUCAUUGGAAGAAUGAAUGUAUCUUGGCAGACGAUGGUUCACUUGGUGACCAAGUGGACAUCCUCAUCGGCAAUGACUAUUAUUUCACGGUUAUAGACACAACAAAGAAACGGAUAAGUGAGAACUUAUUUUUAGUGGAUUCUAAAUUUGGAUGGAUGUUGACAGGGAAAACAGAAAAGAAAAUUAUAGAUAAUUUAUCAGUUAUUACUUACUUUCAGUCGAAUAAAGAAACAAAAUUGAAUAAACCGGACUUACCUUUAGACAACAUGCACCUGAAGAACUUAUGGGACCUUGAAUGUAUUGGAAUUACUGACUCUCCCAACACUACUAAAGAGGAAGAAGCUAUGAAGAACUUUAAUGAUAACACAAAAUACAAGGACAAGAGAUAUUUUGUAUGCUGGCCAUGGAAUAAUAAUGUUUCUACUCUACCUACUAAUCUUGGACUAGUGACAGGAAGAUUAAUCAAUUUAUUAAGACGAAUGGAUAAAGACACAUUGAAGUUAUAUGAUGAGACAAUUAGAAACCAACUUGAAGAUGGAAUCAUUGAAGCUGUUCCCUCUGAUGAAAUAGAUCACAGUAUACAUACCAUACAUUACCUGCCACAUCAUGGAGUAAAGACACCUGGAAAAUCUGUUCGUAUUGUAUAUGAUGCGUCAGCAAAACUGAAACAAGGAGUUAGUCUCAAUGAAUGUCUUCGAGCUGGACCAGUAUUACUAGAAGAUUUAACAGGAUUAUUGAUAAGAUUCAGAUCUCAUAAAACAGCAAUAACAGCAGACGUUGAAAAGGCAUUUUUACAAAUUGGACUUCAAGAUGACAGUAAAGAUGUUACUAGAUUUCUAUGGCUCAAAGAUAUAACGAAAGCAGCUACUGAUGACAAUAUUAUACACCUUCGCUUUUGUCGAGUACCGUUUGGGGUCAUAUCUAGUCCAUUCUUGUUAAACGCUACUAUCAAAUACCAUUUAAUGCAGUCGGCUAAUAAGGCUGUACAGCAAGUUUCUGGUGACAUAUAUGUAGACAAUUUGGUUACCGGGACGAAGACGACAUUACAAGCGAUUACAUUAUACAGCAGUUUAAAAAGAGAAUUUGAGAAGAUAACUAUGAAUCUAAGAGAGUGGAGUUCCAACUCGAAAGAAUUUAAAGAGAAGAUACCAGAUGUACUUGACAAAGAAGUUGUCAAGGUUCUCGGCUUAGACUGGAAUACAAACAAAGAUACAAUUCAAUUGAGACCAAACAAUGUUGACUUACAAACUACUAAACGAGGAGUCUUAAGGACAAUUGCUUCUACUUACGAUCCAUGUGGAUUUGUUGCACCAUCGUUGUUGUCACCAAAAUUGUUCAUGCAAGAUCUGUGGAAAAGCAAAAUUAAAUGGGAUUCAAAGUUACCAAAAGAAUUAUUUGAAGAAUGGAGAAACAUAUAUAAUAAUUUAGAAACUGAACAGGAAGAAAUACCCAGAUAUUAUACAAAGGACUUUGAAAGUAAAGAAAAUCAGUUACAUUGUUUCACAGAUGCAUCAACGAAGGCUUAUGCAGCUGUAGUAUGUAUAGUAAAUGAAAAUGGCAAAGAAUGUUCAUGAAGUUACAAAGUCAUUAAUUAAUAAUAAAGAAGAAAGUAAAACUAGUAAACACGAUAGUAAGUCAAAAGAAAUAGAAGAAAUGAAAAGAAUACAAGAAACUUAUUUUCCUGAUGAGGUUAAUAUGAAAGAAACUGCUUUAAGUCGUAAUCUACGAUUAUUUAAAGAUGAUGAUGGUUUGUUAAGAAGCAAAGGAAGAUUUGAAAAUACUGAAUGGUCGUUUGACAUGAAAUACCCAAUUUUAUUGCCCAAGAACUGUGACUUCACAAAUAGUUUAAUAAAGAGAAUACAUGAAGACAACUACCAUGUUGGAGCCAAUCAUACAUUGAGUUUAAUUCGGAAGUUGUACUGGAUACCACAGGGUAAAGCUCAAGUUCAAAAGAUUAUAAGACAGUGUUCGAGCUGUAUCAAGCAUGGAGGCGGUCCAUUCAAACUUCCGCCUACUCCUGCACUUCCUGCUGAAAGAGUGAACUAUAGUUCACCUUUUACAUUUACUGGACUUGAUUAUUUAGGACCAAUAUUAGUAAAGACUGAAAAUGGAGUUGCCAAGAGGUGGAUUUGUUUAUUCACUUGUUUAGCUGUAAGAGCUAUACAUCUAGAAAUGGUACAAGAUUUAUCUGCUAAAGAAGCGCUACUUGCUCUAAGACGAAUGAUUUCUACAAGAGGGACUCCUGGUUUGAUAGUUUCAGACAAUGCUUCACAAUUCAAACUUAUAUCAGAGCUUCUAACCAAUCCAUACUGUAAAGAGAAUAAAAUUACAUGGAAAUUUAUACCACAGUUAUCACCAUGGUUUGGUGGUUUUUAUGAGAGACUAGUGAGUCUAGUAAAGCAUUGUAUGAAGAGAACAUUGCAUAAACAUUUGUUAAAUGACAGUGAAAUCAAUACAGUUAUUAAAGAAAUUGAAGCUAUUUUAAAUACAAGACCACUUACCUGUGUCGAUUCAGAAAUGGUGCAUAUACUGAAACCAGCUGAUUUUUUGAUGAUGGGUAAAUGUAUCAGGACAGAGACAACAAAUAAUAAAGACAUUCUUAUUGAAGGCACAACAACGAAACAAGAUUUGAUUCAAGGCUGGAAAAGAGCUUUAGUAAUUCUGGAUGAGUUUAAAGACAUGUUUAUGAACCGAUACCUUUCUAGUCUUCGGGAAAGAUUUCAAAAUUCAUUAAAGGAGCCAAGAAUUAAGUCUCAGUUAUUACCUAAAGAAGGACAGGUAGUACAAAUAAAAGGAGAUACAAAAAAUAGAGAAGAUUGGAAAGUGGGUAGAAUAGUCUCACUUACUACAAGCAAAGAUGGAUUUUGUAGAGUAGCUAAUGUUAAAGUUGGAAACAAGAUAUAUACGAGAGCAAUCACUCAGUUGUAUCCGCUUGAAGUUGAGGAUUUUGAUAAUGAGAAUAUUGAGAAUAGUUCUGAAAAUAUUGGUCAAACUCUAAAGAGAACAAGAAUAGUUGGUUCUGUGAAUGAUUCAAGGCCUAUAGAUAUUCCUGAAGAGGUAAUUACUAAUAUACAAAAUAAAGAUAAUGAUAUAGAAAUGGAAACUGUAAGAGACAGCACUAAACGAAUAAUUGAUGGGGUUACUGAAGUUGUCAGUGAACCAGAAAAUGAUAUUACUGAAGUUGUUAAUGAAUCAGAAAAUGAUGUUAAUGAACAAGAGAAUGAUAAUGAGUCUAGACCGGUGCGUGCCGCUGCCACGAGAGCCCUGGAAUAGAUAAGGGAAUGGACGGCCAACUUGGUCGCCCUACUAUGACAAGUUCUUCGUUCGUCGGGAGUGUCGUGACGAAGGCUGGUUGACGCCGUCACGAUGUCCCUCAAAUUCUUCGUUCGUCGGGAGUGUCGUGACGAAGGCUGGUUGUCGCCGUCACGAUGUCCCUCAAAUUCUUCGUUCGUCGGGAGUGUCGUGACGAUGAGUCACGAUUCUAAAUAUGGAAUGUCACAAGUAGCAACACCGAAACGGAAGCCCGCUAAUUUUUCUAUCAAUGGAGAAGUAAUCCGUAUCCAUGAGGUGAAAGGAAAGGUGUAAGGAAAGCCAUAUUGAGGAUCUGAUCACUGACAUAGGAACCUAUGAGUGAGUAAGAGUUACAUCCUAUCUACACAUACUGACUGGUAUUCGCG